AUGGCUUCUCUUCUUCGUCGCGGUUUCGCUACUGCCGCCCAGUCCAACAAAGUCACCAUCGGUUUGAUCCCCGCCGACGGUAUCGGUCGUGAAGUCAUCCCCGCUGCUCGCCAAGUUCUGGAGUCGUUGCCCAAGUCCGAGUUGAGCCCCCGGUUCGAGUUCAUCCACCUCGAUGCAGGAUUUGAGCACUUCCAGAAGCAUGGCGUUGCCCUCCCCGAGGAGACCCUUGCCCGUCUCCGUGGUGAGUGCCAAGGAGCUCUCUUUGGCGCUGUCAGUUCGCCAUCGCACAAGGUUGCAGGAUACUCAUCCCCCAUCGUCGCCCUCAGAAAGCACCUCGACCUCUAUGCCAACGUCCGCCCCGUCGCCUCUGUCGCCGGAACUGGACAGAAGCAGAUCGAUAUGUUGAUCAUCCGCGAGAACACUGAGUGCUUGUAUAUCAAACAGGAGAGGAUCGAGACAGACGCAAACGGCCUCAAGGUCGCAUACGCCGAUCGCAGGAUCUCCGAAUACGCCUCAAGAAGAGCUGGCCUGAUGGCCUUCAACAUGGCCCUCAUGCGCGACAAACUCCGUUCAUCGAUCCCCGCCUCUGAACGCCUUUGGCAAGGAAAGCCAAAGGUCACUAUCAUCCACAAGUCCAACGUUCUCAGCAUCACCGAUGGCCUCUGGCGCGAGACCGUCCGUGGCGUCAAGGAGAACAACGCGGCCCUUUACGCCGGCGUUGAUAUGGACGAGCAGUUGGUGGAUUCGAUGGUUUAUAGAAUGUUCCGCGAGCCUGAGGCCUUUGAUGUUGUCGUUGCGCCUAACCUCUACGGAGAUAUCAUCUCGGACGGCGCUGCUGCUCUUGUCGGCUCUCUUGGAUUGGUCCCCUCGGCGAACGUGGGCGAUAACUUUGUGGUCGGAGAACCCGUCCACGGAUCAGCACCUGACAUUGCAGGCCAGCAGAAGGCAAACCCAAUUGCGGCGAUCCGUAGUGCAGGUUUGCUGUUGGAGCAUAUGGGAUACUCUGGUGACGCCGCAAGGAUCUAUCAGGCGGUCGAUGGAGUGUUGAGGGAGGGGUUGAUCAAGACCCCUGAUCUGGGCGGUAAGAGCACUACCCAGGAGGUCACCGAUGCUGUCUGCAAGCGCCUUUAG